UGCCCUGGUGACGUAGCGCGGGAGAGUCGAGCCUCAGGCGCUGCUCAGUUAGACGACGGGUCAGUCAGGCGUCCAGUAUCCACGCACCUCGAUAACGAACGCGCCAGUCGGGCAAGGCCUGCCCACACAAACAAAGCGUGGACCAUGCAGCUCCACGCUUUUAUUAUUGCGCUAGUAUGCGCAGUUGCAGCGUCUGGCAUCUUUCCGGAUGAUUUUGGAAAUCACAAUCGCAGAAAACGCGCGCUGAGCGUCCCACGUGGAAUCGAAGAAAGCCCCCUUCUACCACGGCAUGUGACUCCGGUGGGCUACCACGUUUGGCUGCAGCCUAUUCCUGAAAAGCGAUACUUCCAAGGCCGAGUUGAGGUCAACAUUUCAUGUCUCACACCAACGAACACUGUGAUUCUAAAUGCUGGAGACAACUUGAGUAUUUCAAAAGCGGAUAUAUCAGUCAUUGACCCAGCGGAUAGUUUUGGAGAGUACAGGCCAAUAAAAAGAGUGUCCGUCGUGGAGGUACGACGAGGGUCACCUAAGGAAUGGUGUGAAGUAAAACUGUCUGAUGUCUUGCAGCAAGGACAGCUCUAUCAGCUGACAUUGGAGUUUGCGAGUGACCUUAGGAAUGGGAGCUGUCAAGAGGCCAUGUACUUCGACAGCUAUUCUGACGAGUGCUCCGAUGAAGAGGCGGACGUGAACACUACCGACAAGCGUGGAGAUUUUACUGAGAGGUGGUUCGUGGCUACAGACAUGACAAGAAAUAAGGCACGUAAGGUAUUCCCAUGUUUCGACGAGUUAUCAUACAAAGCCCCAUUUGAUAUAAGCAUUGGACGCCCAGAAAGAAUGAGAUCACUUUCGAAUAUGGCACUUCGUAAGAGCGAGAAGAUGUUGUAUCAGUCCGGUUGGGUAUGGGACAAUUUUGAGACGACACCACCCAUGUCAACAUUUUCAGUGAAUAUUUUUAUCUUUGAUCCAGACGUAAUAGUGCCACUUGAGCCGAGACGUGACCUUGGUUCCACAACUCUACACAUGUAUGCACCAGUAGAUUUGAGGGAUGAUAUGCAAAACGUAGGUGACAAAAUUUUACAAACUGUGGAGAAAAUUGAGACAUAUCUUCAGAUGAAGUAUCCAUUGCCUGACCUGCAAAUUGUUGUUGCACCUGGAAUAUGGUCUAGUCAUGAAGGUUUUGGACUUUCUGUAUUCAGUGACGAUGUAAAAAGUUACUCAUGGCCACUCAGUUUAUUAAAGUACAUGGGUGAUCAGUGGCUGGUUCAUCUGACUACUCCACAUUCAUGGUCAGAGGCAUCAUUUGGAAACAGCCUUAGCUAUUAUGUCUCAUACAUUGGAUACACUGCAGCACUUGCAGACACAAGAGCUAUUCAGUCACUUAACUGGGGAAUAAUUUAUAGUGUGUUGGCAAGAUCUAGUACUCCACACAUAUCUUCAAUAGGUACGACUGUACUUCGAAUGUUGAACUAUACACUUGGUGAGAAUAUUGUCAGAUCAGCAUUUGACAGCUUUCUACAUGACAGAUUAUAUGAGACUUUUGCAUCAGAUGACAUGGUUUUGGCUAUUGAAGAUCAAGCCCAAAGGCACGCAGAUCUUCCUCGUGGAGUGACUGUGUCAAAGAUUGUUAGCUCGUGGAUGAAAGCUCAGCAAUUUCCAGUAGUCACGGUGAGAAGAAACUAUCAUACAAGGACAGCAUAUAUUGAACAGCAUGCAUUUACUCGAAAUAAAUCAGAUGGAUCAUCUGAGAGGAGAGGAGAUCUGUGGUACGUGCCACUUGUGCUUCUCAGAAGUGACCAGAGAGAAGGAAGAGUGUUGGACCAAGUGCUCUGGAUGAAAAAAGAAGAAAAAAUUACUUUAGAAAACAUGCCACCAUCCGACAGUUUCAUUCUUGUUGACCCUGACAUCAUAGGUCUCUUUGUUGUUAACUAUGAUCCAGCAAACUGGAGACUCAUCCUCCAACAUCUAAAGACUAAGGGUUCUUCCAUAAGAUUAUCUGCAACAACACGUGCAAAGUUACUAACAGAUGCAGGACUUCUUGCAGAUGCAGGGGAUCUGUCAUAUGAUGUCCCCUUUGAUCUAAGUCUUAUGUUGUCAGAUGAGAAUGAUGUUGAACCAUUCUAUGCUUUCAAUGGAUUUUUUCAAAAUCUUCGUAACAAAUUGCGAUAUACAAGAAUAAGGACUCUCUUAAAGGAAUAUAUAUGGAAACUUUUUUCACCUCUUUAUGAACAAUACGGAGGUUUCAAUGAGGAACUCAUGCAUAAUGAAAUGACUCCACAAGGAAUUGUUAUGACAAUAAUGUGCCAUUAUGGAGCAGAAGAUUGUACAGAAGCCCUUGCUGCCAAGUAUAAGCCAGGCACUUAUACACAAGAGGACUGUAUUGUUUUGCAGUGGGGUGAGCAUUACAUUUGGGAGGAAACAUUGGUUAAGAUUCUUGGUCGCAAUGAAAACAAUGAAACUGAUUUAGAUGCACUAAAAUAUUUUGCUUCUUGUACUCAGCAAGAGGAGAGAAUAGACAAAUUGCUGGAUGCUGUUGUGCUGAAUAACUCACUGUGUGAUGAAGACAUUCUAGAUGUAAUCAACAAGAUUGGUGAUCCCUAUCUGUUGUUCAACUUUAUGUCAUACAAUUGGUCUGAAAUUAAAGAGAAGUACGAGCAUAAACCAGGUAUAAUGGAAAAGCUUGUCAGUGAAAUUACAUCGAAGUUUGUUACAUCUGAUGGAUAUGAUCUCGUUUCAGACUUCUACGCAGCUCGUCAGCGUGACACACCAUCUCUGCUUCCAGUUUUGAGAAACACUAUGCAGGCCAUCAAGGAACACACAAAGUGGACUGAUCGCAGUGUCUCACAGAUUGAAUCAUGGAUACAUCAAUAUCUCAGUGAAUACUAAGUGCAGACAUCUCUGGACUCUUCACAUUUUAGUUUCACUCCUGAAACAAAUACAUAUCAAAAUAUUUCCAGUAAAUGUGUACUAUCAAUAAAAAUUUUCUUUCCAUGUUUUAUGUUU